AUUUUCAAAACCCGUUGGAGCCAGAAAUGGUUUUCAAAUCCACACCACACUUCACUCAAACCCUCCUUCUCUCUCUCUAUUUUUAGCCAAUCUCGCCAUUAACAACAUCCUCUGAUCCUUGAGGUCGGUCGGUCGGUCUCUGCCUGAUCACUGAUGGGUUGCUUUCUUGGCUGUUUCGGCUUGUCUUCAAAGAGAAAGCGUAGAAAACCGGGUUAUAGAGACCAUAAACUUUGUAGUUAUGAACCUCUAGAUUCUGUUUCUACAAACCUUGCCAUUACAGGGAAGCCCAUAACCUCAGAAGCUGAACUCAGCGAAAGACCCAAGGAUUCCUUGAACUAUAAAGUUAGAAAGAAGGUGAGCUUCAAUUUGAAUGUUCAGACUUAUGAGCCAAUUCCGAAAGAGGAAAGCACGAGUGAUUACUGGGGAAGUGAUGAGGAAGAGACUAGCAAAGAUGCUGCUAAAGAAAGGCAAUCUUCUUCUCUCUCUGAAGGGGAUUCAAUCGCGUCCAAAAUGGCGUCUUAUCCAUCAAAUUAUAGAUAUAGAAACUGCAUUGACAGCUAUGAUGAAGAGGAUGGAAUAGCGUAUGAAGAAAGUGAUUUGGAUGAUGAUGAUGAUGAAUUGGAUGACGAAGAAGAAGAAGAAGAAGAUGAUGAUAACAAUGGCUGCAAUAUAGAUGAAUUGAGAGUAAAUCAAAAGGAAUUUUCUGGGCAAUUCAACUCCCUAACUGCGAGUUCACAGAAUAAAAAUUCUUCGACAAUGCUGGGAAAGGAUACAACUGAAAAUCUAAAGUCCCUUGGUGACUCAAAUGAGGGAGGAUUGAGAUCGCGUCAGUAUGUUCAUUCUGUGCUGAAACCAGUGGAAAAUCUCAAUCAAUGGAAAGUAGUGAAGGCAAGAGGAACGCAACCCCCUAAGCAACAGAUGAAAGAAAAUGUAGCCCUUGUGCAACACCCACCGAAACCCCUUAGUUCAAUCUCGAAUAUCAGUCACUCCACACCUCUCAUGCAAGAAAUCGCAGUUGAUGCCAGCCUCUCAAACUGGGUGGUUCCUCCUGAUUCUUACCAGAAGAUAACUGCAUCCAAUGAUGUUGAGACCAAGGCUCCAUCACAGAUAGCUUGUUUUACAGACAGUACAUCUUCAUGGAGAAAUAGAGAAGAUAUGCCCAUUUUAGACAUCAUCAAUUUGGAGGCCUGAUAAGAAAAUUCCAUUGUCACCGUUUUCGUUGUCUUCUUCAAGAUAGUGACAAUUCGAUUAAGAGAGGGAAAAAAAAAAACACAUAAGGAUUCAAAUAAGGACCAAUUUCAUGGAAAUCUACCACGUGCAAGAAAGUGAGAAAGGUUGUUCUCAUAUGAGGUUGGGAUGAAUCUGUGGAUAGAAAUACAGCUGAGGUUGCUCUUGUUAUUUUCUGUAGCCCAUUCCGGGCAAGUGUGAAACGAUCUGGGGUGAUGCAUUUGUGUCUUUUUCUGAUUUUUUGAUCCGCUUCUUGACGUUGUUUUGGUAUAGACAAAGUGGGCUUUUAAGUAUCUUAUUUCUCCCCAUCAUUACUUCAUUAUUUAAAUCUCCCUCUCUUUUGAGAUUUGCUGUU